CCAGCAGCGGCCCGCGCAGCAAAGCAUAAAGCUAGACUACCAGAGUGCAAGGAGUGGCUGUAGCCGAGACUACUCAAGCGACACCGGCAGCCCAGCUAGCCCGGGAAGCCCCGACUAGCCUCGCAAUCAGCCUCCAGGACAAACAGCUGCUCCGCGGACUGCGAGCUGUGGCGGUAGAUCCCGCUACAGCAAUCGCAGUCUCAGUGGAGCGGGCAGAAGCCUUUUUUCUCCUUUUUCGUUCCCCUCUUCAUUCUACUCAAGAGGAAUCUUAACAGGAGUAUACUGUGGGCCAACAAACAGUGCCUUUGGUAUCGAGACUGGUAUGGACUUGUUGUCCGGGACGUAUAUAUUUGCGGUCCUGUUAGCAUGUGUCGUGUUUCAGUCUGGCGCCCAGGAGAAGAAUUACACGGUCCGAGAAGAAAUGCCAGAGAACGUCCUGAUAGGCGACUUGUUGAAAGACCUCAACUUGUCGCUUAUUCCCGACAAGUCCUUAACCACUCCUAUGCAGUUCAAAUUGGUUUACAAAACCGGGGAUGUACCACUGAUUCGAAUUGAAGAAGGUACUGGUGAGAUCUUCACAACAGCCGCUCGCAUUGAUCGUGAGAAAUUAUGUACUGGAAUCUUGCUGGAUGCCCGUUGCUUUUACGAAGUGGAGGUUGCCGUUUUGCCAGAUGAAAUUUUUAGAUUGGUUAAGAUACGGUUUCUGAUAGAAGAUAUAAAUGAUAAUGCACCAUUAUUCCCAGCAACUGUCAUCAACAUAUCAAUUCCAGAGAACUCGGCUAUAAACUCUCGAUAUUCUCUUCCAGCAGCCAUUGAUCCUGACGUCGGAACAAAUGGAGUUCAAAACUACCAUCUAAUUAAGGGGCAAAAUAUUUUUGGUCUUGAUGUCAUUGAAACACCAGAAGGAGACAAGAUGCCACAGCUGAUUGUUCAGAAGGAGUUAGAUAGAGAAGAGAAGGAUACCUAUGUGAUGAAAGUAAAAGUUGAAGAUGGUGGAUUUCCUCAAAGAUCCAGUACAGCUAUUUUGCAAGUAAGUGUUGCUGAUACAAAUGACAAUGGUCCAGUCUUCUUAGAGAAUGAAAUUGAAGUCAGUAUACCAGAGAAUUCUCCUGUAGGUUCUUCAGUGACACAGCUCCACGCCACAGAUGCUGAUAUAGGUGAAAAUGCCAGAAUUCACUUUUAUUUUAGCAAUCUAGUCUCCAACAUUGCUAAGAGACUGUUUCACCUUAAUACCACCACUGGACUUAUCACUGUCAAAGAACAACUGGAUAGAGAAGAAUCAACAAGCCACAAAUUACUGGUUUUGGCAACUGAUGGUGGAUCAACACCAGCAAGAGCUAUGGUUCUGGUAAAUGUUACAGAUAUCAAUGAUAAUGCCCCAUCAAUUGACAUAAGAUACAUUGUCAAUCCAACCAAUGGCACUGUGCUUCUUUCAGAGAAUGCUCCACUUAACACGAAAAUUGCUCUCAUAACUGUCAUGGAUAAAGAUUCUGAACAUAAUGGUAGAGUGACAUGCUUCACAGAUCAUGAAGUUCCUUUCAGAUUACGGCCAGUGUUCAGUAAUCAGUUCCUCUUGGAAACUGCUGCAUUUCUUGACUUUGAGUCCACAAGAGAAUAUGCUAUCAAAUUACUGGCUGCUGAUGCUGGCAAACCUCCUUUGAAUCAGUCAUCCAUGCUCCUGAUCAAAGUAAAAGAUGAAAAUGACAAUGCUCCAGUUUUCACCCAGUCUUUCAUAACCCUUUCUGUUCCAGAGAAUAACUCUCCUGGUGCACAGUUGACAAAAGUCAGUGCAACAGAUGCAGACAGUGGACGUAAUGCUGAAAUAAACUACCUGCUAGGUUUUGAUGCACCACCUGAAUUUGACCUGGAUCGUCGUACAGGCAUCCUGACUGCAAUAAAGAAAUUGGAUAGAGAAAAACAGGAAAAAUAUUACUUUACAGUUCUUGCACAGGACAAUGGAAUUCCACCCUUAAUGUCCAAUGCCACUGUCUUUGUGACUGUUCUUGACCAGAAUGAUAACAGCCCACUUUUCACUCACGAUGAGUACAAUUUCUAUGUCCCUGAGAACCUUCCAAGACAUGGCACAGUAGGGCUAAUCACUGUGACUGAUCCUGAUUAUGGAGAGAAUUCUGCAGUUACUCUCUCCAUCUUAGAUGCGAAUAAUCAGUUCUCUAUUGAUCCACAGACUGGUGUCAUCCGACCAAAUAUUUCAUUUGACAGAGAAAAGCAAGAAUCCUACACUUUCUAUGUAAAGGCUGAGGAUGGUGGUAGGGUAUCACAUUCUUCAACUGCUAAAGUAACCAUAAAUGUGGUUGAUGUGAAUGAUAACAAACCUAUUUUUAUUGACCCUCCUUCCAAUUACUCCUAUGAAUGGGUUCCACCAUCCACAAAUCCUGGUACAGUCAUCUUCAAGGUUGUUGCAAUUGACAAUGAUACUGGCAUAAAUGCUGAGCUUCGUUACAGCAUUGUUGGAGGAAACACAAAAGGACUGUUUAUGAUUGAACAAAUAUCAGGUAACAUCACAUUGAAAGAUAAAUGUGUUGUUUCAGAUCUUGGUUUACACAGAGUGAUAGUCAAAGCUAAGGAUUUGGGACAACCUGAUUCUCUCUUCAAUAUUGUAAAUGUCAAUCUGUUUGUGAAUGAGUCAGUGCCCAACACUACACUGAUUUAUGAACUGGUACGCAAAAGCAUCGACACACCUGCGACUGAAAGUACUGAAACAACUAAUGCAUCCUCUCCAAAAACUGACUAUGUGAAGAUAAUGGUCGCCAUUGUUGCUGGCACCAUAACUGUCAUCUUAGUGAUUUUCAUCACUGCUCUAGUAAGAUGUCGCCAAUCCCCACACCUUAAAGCUUCUCAGAAAAACAAACAAAAUUCUGAGUGGGUUACUCCAAACCCAGAAAACAGGCAAAUGAUUAUGACGAAGAAAAAGAAGAAGAAGAAGAAGAAGCAUCCCCCUAAGAACCUGCUUCUUAAUUUUGUUACUAUUGAAGAAGCAAAGCCAGAAGAUGCAGACAAUGAUAGAGCCAGUGUGACACUAGACCUUCCAAUUGAACUUGAAGAGCAAACCAUGGGCAAAUACAACUGGGGCACUACACCUUCUACUUUCAAGCCUGACAGCCCUGAUUUGGCUAGACACUACAAAUCUGCCUCUCCUCAGCCUGCAUUCCAGAUCCAACCUGAAACGCCCCUGAACUCAAAGCACCAUAUCAUCCAGGAACUGCCUCUUGAUAAUACUUUCGUAGGCUGCGAUCCCAUCUCUAAGUGCUCUUCCAGCAGUUCUGAUCCCUACAGUGUUUCUGAGUGCAGCUAUUCAAUGACAACCUUCAAGACCCCUGUAUUGGUACAUGCUAGACCGAUUCCUCCCAACUGGGAUAUACCAACCAUUCUCACAUCUGUGACUUCACAGCAAAACAUUGACUUCUUGACUUACAUUGUAAUCAGCAGUGCUAUGCUUACUGUGUGUUACAGUGUUCUUGUUUUGCAGCUAGCAGCGGUUUUUUUCACACAGUAUUUGUCGGAAACAGUGGAUGCAGUACAAAUACCAAUGUAG